GUUGGUAUGAUAGCUUGGUAUUUAUUUUCUAUUAUAUUGUGUAGUGUGGUGGUUGUUGAAUACACUGAAACUACAUGAAUCCCAUAGGCUUACCAAUAUGCAGACAAUGUCGGGCGUAUUUCAAACUACUAGGAAAGAACAAAUAUGCGUUAUACGUGGUUGUUGUUAUUAUGUUAUUAUGUAUGUGUAACCAAGCCAGCAGAUUUGUGCUGGUAGCGACUAAUGUUCAGAUGGCAAAUGAGAUACACUUUGGGGAACGUGAAUGCAGAUCACUCAGUAAGACACAGGAAAUCGAUGUGUGUAAACAAGACAGCACAUUAUGUGACGAAGAGAGGACCAAUGCAGUCUGUGGUUGGUAUUACACAGGGACUGGUUAUGAAUACCAAUUGUUAGCAGGACCAUUAUUUAAUAUUAUAUUCAGUUUCACCAGUGUUCCUGUAGGACUUAUCUUAGAAAAAAAUAAAAGUAACAGAAAGAAUGUGAUAGCAAUCUCAGCUGUUUUAUGGAGCUUUAUGGUGAUAUUAGGUGGACUGGCAACACAAUACUGGCAUAUUGCCGUCACCAGAUUGGCAAUUGCGUUUUUUGAAGCCCCUUUCACAGCAUUUGCUAUUAGCCUACUUUCCAGUUAUUUUAAUCAGGAACUACGAGCUUUGGCACUGAGCAUUUUUACAGCUGGUUUGCAUUUUGGGUUCAGUUUGGCAUUUAUUAUGAAAAUAAUUGUCGUUGACAUUGGUUGGCGGUCUACGUAUGUAGUUGCUGGAUUACCUGGUAUUGCCUUGGCAUUUAUAACAUAUAUCACUGUCAAAGAACCGAGCAAACAGCUAGCACAAGGACCCACCUUACCAUCCAGGACCACUGUGAAAUGCGUUGAUCAGUCAUUAUUGCCUGCUCCACUAUUUAAUCCACUUUUUGUGACAAUCAUAUUGGCGGCAGCAGCGAGAUGUGCCGGUGGACGCACGUACAGCUAUAAUAUAAAUAAUUAUAUACAACAUUACUACCCUGGUUAUCCAACAGAACUAUAUUUGAGUUGGUUACCAGCAUGUAUGGGAAUUAUAUCUUCGAUAGUUGGAGGGGUAUGGGCUGAUAGAAGAGCCAUCGGGGAACAUGGUUACAUAGGCAGAAUAACUGUGCUAAUAAUUGGAUUGGUAAGUAGUUGA